UUGGUGUGAAUUUCUUCUUAAACAUUAAUUCAAUCAUAAAGAGGAAAUAGCAUCAGUAUUUUCAGAUCUGCUGCAGAGAAACGUCUCUCAGUGUUCAGCAGCUGAUAGAAGGACAGGAGAUGUUGGGUCUGGAACUGAUUCUGAUCGUUGUUCUUCAGUUUGAAGGCACCAGAGGAGAUUUUAAGUAUUACAGAUCUGGAGAUGAUGUCAUUCUACCUUGUAGCAGUUCUUCAUCUUCUUCCUCGUGCUCCACUGUUAACUGGUUUUAUGACAGAGAUUCAAACAUUAAUCAUCAACAGCAGAUUAAGGAUGGAAAAGUUGUUCCAUCACCUCGAGCUGCCAGGUUAAAUGUGGACAGUAACUGCUCUCUGAUCAUCAACAACAUCACUGCUGAAGAUGCUGGAAGUUAUUACUGUCGACUUGGUUCAGGAUCCACUUAUGAUGGCUCUGUGUUUCUGAACGUUCUGACCAUUUCUCCAUCUUCACCAGAUGCUGAGCCAACAAAGGAUGGAGAUGUCACAUUACAGUGUUCUAUGAAGAAAUUCAGUCAGUCGUCUCCUUGUCCAGUGAACAGUUUCCACUGGUUGGAUGAGACGGGAACUAAACUGAGUGUUUUUCAGAAGGAUUCAGGCUGUAUUUCCUAUUUGAAUGUGCAGCAUAAAAGCAUCACCAACAGAAAAUACACCUGCCAGUUUGUUGAAAAAAACAGCAUAAAGGUAGAAGCUCACUACACAGCUGCGUUUAAAGGAGCAUUUCCUGGCAAAUACUCCAACAUCAUCAUUAUCGUCAUCCUCACCAUCUCUGUAGCAGUGUUUGUGCCUCUACUGCUGGUUGUUCCGGCUGCUAUUUUAAUCAGACGAAGGAAAACCAGAGUUAAUCAGGACAAUACAACAGCAGGUAAGGAAAGACAGCUCUUUGUAGAUGAGAGCCAGCAAAGUUUCUACCGCUAUGGACCUCAGCUGUCUCCCUGA